AUGCACAGACAAACUUCAUCGCCGAAAUGGCUAUACUCGGCGCAGCUGGGUGAAUCGUAUCCCAGGUUCGCUGCGCGUAUAAUCGGUAGGGUGUCUGCUGUGGUGGCAUUUCUGAUUGUAUCAUUGAUCCUGACGAUGAGAAUGAUAACAUGUGCUGCUGAUUCCAUCAGUGAUAACAAGGUGGUAGCAAUGACUGUGGUAAUGAUGAUGAUGCGAGAUGUAGCAUCCACAACGCCACUUAAUCCACCUUUUCUUAUACUACUCGUCGAAAUCACUGGAGAAGAUUUGCUGUUCUGUGCACAACAUAUUUGUAAUCGUUCGGGAAUGCAUAUUAUUAGGGUACUGCGUCGACGGGGGGAUGCACCCAGGAACAAUUGA